UCUUUCCUCCUACAUGCCAUGGGGGAAAUUCCUCGCAAUCCCGCCCCCAAUAGGGACUCAACCCUCACAUUUCGCGAAGUCACCGAGGAUAACUGGCGUGCGGUAGCAAACUUGAGUCCUAAGGACGGGCAGGCAGGCAACCUCGCCGCCAACGUAUGGUCUCUCUGCGAGGCCCACUACUCCGAAGACGCAUGGGUACGUGCCAUUUACGCCGACGAGACGCUUGUCGGCAUGUUGAUGAUGGCGAUAUGGGAUCCUGACGAGGCGUACUACAUCUGGCGACUCAUGAUUGAUGGCCGGUAUCAGAGUCUCGGGUACGGUCGACGGGCCGUGGGAUUUGCGAUUGCGCAUAUACGACAGCAUAAUCCUCGAGCAAAGCAGUUGGGGGUGAUGUCAACGCCACCGGAGGGAAAGAAAAGCGAUAAUCCUCUCAAGAACGUCAAGCCUGAGGAUUCGCCGUAUAGGUUUUACCAGAAACUCGGGUUCAAGCAGAUUGCGCCACCAGAUGAAGAUGGGGAGAUUAUGAUGUCGAUAGAGUUGUAAAUGGCUACUACCCAAGAGUCACCAUUACGCGUAUAGUCAUAUUCCAUAGUGGUUUCUAGAGCCACGCAUCAUUGUUCUUUGAUAUGAAGUCCUUAAAAGUGGCUUUUGGCAUCUCUUCAUCGGGACCACCGCGGACCCAGUCAAGGAUUGGUUGGUCUAUUUUGGUAGAUCCGCCCACCACAGGAUUUUCGGGAUUAGAAGAUUUGCUGUCUCUAUUUACAUAUAGAUAAUAUAGAAAGCCAUGAGAAAAGGUCAUGAUAACAAUUAUUAUAUGUGGCAAUAGACUUUUAUUUGAGAGUUUGGUUUCGAUGGAAGUCGGGCGUCAGGUGGCUCAGGGCAGUGAAUGGACAGGCC